CAAACCCAUUCAUUUUAGCCAAGACACCGGAACAACACAUAUAAAUGUAAAAUAUUUCGAGUACAGUUUAUACAUUAUUGUGCAUUUGCGUUCAUUGGUAGCACACGAAGCCGCAGAAAUCAAAGGCUAAAUUAGCAAAAGACUCCUGUAAGUAAGGCCGAGCACUAGCCUUUCGAUGAGAAUGGUGCGCCCCAGCCGUCGCAAGGGAAUCGAGGAGGUGUACGGAUCCAAGAUGGACACCCUGCAUCCGGUGAAGUCGGUGGCCAUAUCCCAUGCCGGUAUGACCAAGACGACCGCCAUGCGGGCGGGGCCAGGUGGCGGAGCUGGAGGAGUAGGUGGCACCAUUAGCUCCCGGCAAGCCGAUGCUCGCACGCAGCGCAGUUUUGUCACCGAAAACGAUUACUACAUUACCACGAACUUGCCCCUGACGGCGGCUAAUUUGCGGAAUGCCCCCAGUGCGAUGCCGUCGCAGAUGAUUCCCGGUCACGCCCAGCCGUCGCCCUAUAACGCCAUGUCCUCGAGGCGAAACAAUAUGGCCAACAAGGCCAGUGCCCGCCAGCCGCCGAUGAGCAAGAUUCCGCAUUUUGGCCCCGGCGAGGGCAAGGCCAACAAUGGUGGCUACAACAUGGCCAAAUCGAAGGAGGGCUAUCGCAUGCAGCACCAAGGAAAGGGCAACACCCAGAGGGGCAACUAUCCCAUGGACGACAAUGCCGAGUUCUCCGACAGGGAACUAAUGGUGCCCCACCCGCAGCAGCAGCAGGCGAAUCUGGGCAACAUGCGGAGGCACAACCAGCACUCCCAUGCCCACCAGUUGCAAGUGCAGCAGAUGCAGGCCGGAGUGAUGCAGCAUCCGCCGCAGCACCAGCUCCACCAGCAGCAGAUGUCCAAUCACAGUCACAUCAAGCAGCAGCAUCAGCAGCCACAGCACCACCAGCAUCCCCACCCACAUGCACACCCUCAUCCGCAUCCACAUCCCCAUCAGAAGCACUCGCGUGGGCGACAGCCGAUGCCGGCGAGCAAGGUGCACGUGAGUACCGCCGAUGACGAUGACGAGAAGGAGGACGAUCCCGAGGAGUUCUUCGAGCUGAUUCGCCAGACCGUCCAAACGGCCGUUGGAAACACCAUUUCGGAUGCUCUGGGCAAGAACUUCCGGGAUUUGAGCCACAAAAUCGAAAGGUUUUCGGGCGAGCUUAAGCAGACCAACGAGAAUCUGGACAAACUGCAAGAACAGGUCACCAGCAAGGUGAUUUACUACGGCGAGGAGAACUCCCGGCACUUUCGCUACUUGUGCAUGAAGUCCGAGUACGAUAAGAUGUUCUACCAGCACCAGUCGAUGAUGACGGGCAAGCCGCCAACCCCAGAGAUGAUGGAUCUCUCGAAGGCGAACCUGGUGGCAGCUGCCUCGGCGAGCAAACAUCUGGGGUACAAGCCGUCCCAGAGUCUAAAGCAGCAGGGUGGAAAGGGUCACAAGGGUCACAGCAAGGUGACCAAUAACCAAAGGAAGGUGGUGAACGAAGCUGCCAAGAAUUCGGUGGCCUAUCACAGUGUCUCCAAGGCUCAGCAGCAGGGCGCGGCAGUCCGAAAGUCCUCCUCGGAUCACAGUUUGGUGGGCAAAUCCUCCGAGAUGGGCGUUCUCGAGGUAAUCGAUCACAUCCAGCGCUACUGCAAUCAGGUGCAGAUGAAGGAACAGCUGGGUGCUGAGGGCCAACUGCCCAACCUCGAGGACAUCUUGAUACCCAAGAAAAUGUCCAGCGGGGGACUUUGUGAGCCGGGCUCCAAGAGCUCGCGCAACAUAGCAGCCUGUCAGGGUGACAAAAAGGAUGAGGACACCGAGGUGGAAACGCCCAUUGACAGCAUGGACGAGACCUACACCCAGGUGGAUGACUUCCAGUUCUCCUCGGACAUCUCCACCUGCAGCGAGGAUGAAGAUUGUGGCCUCAAGUAUCCCAGUGGAGCGGCCACAGCUCGUCCUUCGGCCAAAGUAAAUCGGAGGACCGCCAACAAGGGAGCCGGAGAUGGUCAGUAGGGCCAGUGGACUACCUAUAUACACUUUAUACCAGAUCAGACAACGGAGGAACCUUUCCCCACCAUCUUAAAACUCGUUUGAAACCUUUUCUUGGAUUGACUAAAUUUUCCCCCAAUAACGUAAAAUCCAAAAAACGUAAUACUUAGAUUUAGAUCUAUUAUUUUCAAAAAUUAGCAACGACUUGGUAUUGCUCGUACUUCGUGUACACUUAUUCAUGUAAUCGGACUUGGGGAUCACAAUUAAACCAUAUUCAAAAUUAUAAAAUAUGUUUUUAAAAAGUAUUCGUUUUAAAUUUAAAAACAAAUUGUCGUUUUUUCAUUAUGUUCUGAUGUGAAAGUGAUAUUUAAAUAUGUUAUUAGCAUUUGGAA